CAAGCGAACAGGGAACAGGAGAACAAGGAAGAGAAGUCGGGUGCAAUGGGGACAGUACAGGUGUGAUGAAAUAGUCAUGAGGAGAGGCAGAGUCUAGCUUGAGUUACACCCCGCCGGUCGUAAAGUAAUGAAUGAGAGAUCGAGAGGGGGGACGGCACAGAGAUGGUGAGAGGAAAGCGAGAUACAAGACGCUGGCAAGCGAAAUAGUGGAGUCUUGGGAAAACUAAGAAGUGAAAGUGAACUGAUGGCUUGUUCUAAGAUCUGAUGCUCUUGUUUGGCACAUAACAGCAUCAGCUCUUAUAUAAAGUGUGAACACUGAGGAACUGAAGACUUCAUCUUACAUCUAAAGGAACAAUCUCAUUAUUGAACUAGAAGAAAGUUGUCAGAAUCACAUCAUAAGAAUGACUCGACUGGAAUCUGCUCUGCAGCGGUCAGAAAGCCGCUCUGUGAUAGAAAUGCAGAGCAGACGAGGCAGCACGAGCACCAGCAGAAGAGGAAGUGUCAGUCAGCACACAGAGACUACCAGAGAAACAGAACAAAAUGGUGGUCGCACCAUUUUUAAGAGAGCCAGUCGCUUCCUCUCAAGUGACAGGGAACAGGAAGAUGGCAGUCCUGCCUCUCCCGUUCGGCACUACGAAAGAGGCCACCCCCUUCCAGCCAACCACAGUCCUGACCGUAAAGCCACCAUCCCCUUCCGAACCCGUGACCUGGGCCUCCCGUCCAACAGGAGGCGCUCUGACAAUCUUAGCGAUGAGGCGAUGAGCGGCCUCUCUCCCCAACGAUACAUGCCCUAUUCAAAUUUCAGACGUUGCGACAACCAAUCUCUCUCAAGCCCUCGCUCUGGGAGUCCAAGAUCUAUGAACGUAUCACCCCAAAGGCGAGCGGAAUCCCGUAGUUCAUCCCAUCGCCGAGGUUCCACCAGGCAUGGUCACCGAACGUCUUCCUCCAAACAGGCCUCUGGGAAAUGUACACCUUCACGAAGACGAGAUUCUGUCGUCUCCCGCACCACCUCACCUUCGAGAAGCUCUGGGACAAACAAAUAUGCUGAUUCGUUUAGCCCCUCCCACAAAAUAAGCCCCUCCCAGAGAUCCUACAGGCAUAGUUUAGAUUCCAAAAAGUUGUAUAAGAACCUCAAAUCGAUUGCCAGUUCGGCCGAGUCAGAUGCUUCAGAGGACCGGCAUGGCUGGUCAAAUCGGUUGAAUUCGGAAGUGGAAACAGAUGGUGAUUAUAACGAAUGCAACCAUAGUAGUCGCAACAGUGUUCGCAACAGCCGAAAAAGUGGCCCCAAUACUGGCUGUAACAGUCGGGAUUUCUCUCCAAACGGAGGCUACUAUGAUGACAACCACGUCUCGCAUAAAACAAGUCACGUCAGUCGGAAUAGUGGUCGAAAUAGUCGCAACAGUAGAAAUGGUGGUUGUAACACUGGCUAUAACAGCCCUGGUGCCUCGACCCCUUAUCGAGAUUGUAAUAACCAUGGUCAUAGCACCCCUAAAAUACACUCGAAUCAUAAAUCUGACAGGGAUGCAGCAUUCUCAGACACCUCAGACAAACAAUCCGGAUCUGAUUGCUGUCAAUCACAAAGCUUCACCCACUCCCCUCUAAGCCCCGCCUCUCCUACAUCAACACCUAACAUCAACCAAAAAAGGCGGAGUCAUAAGCAGUUAGAUCCCAUUGAUUUCGCCAACUCCAGAGCCUUAAUUGCUGAGACGAAGAAGUCCGUUCCUGAUAGGAGCAGAAGCAACAUCAGGCGGGGCUUGGAGGCAAUAAUUCUGUCAGAGAACCCCAGAUCUGAGAGCCAACCCGCAGUGCCAGAGAUGACCAUAGAGGACUACGUGAUAAUAGCGGAUAUUCCUCGGCCUAAACUGUAUCCUGAGGAAGAAGAAGCAAUAGUAGUGAGAAGGAGACCGCAGAGCCAAAGCCCACGCCGUGACAAUCAGCACAGCUACAGGGAUGAGAGACAUGGCUAUGAGCGUGAGGUUUCAGAGGAGCGAGUCAGAGGGAGAGAAAGAGAGCGAGGAAGAGACCGCAGAGAGAAAGAACGCAGACGUCUAGAUAAAGAGAUGGGAGGGCCAUCAAUAACCAGCAGCACUGCAUCGGGCCAUAUACAGGGUUCCAGUAACUUCCAUGAAGAGAAUAGUAGGACUAGAAAUGGAGGACACAGAAGUUCAGCACAGACCACACAGAUGCAGCGUGACCCUCUGACCUAUCAAAAGGGAUGGCUGUGUAUGCUGGAUGAAGAUGAAGAGUGGAGGAAGUAUUGGUUUGUGAUCGCUGACUCAGGACUGAGAUACUAUAGAGACUCUGAGGCUGAAGAGAGUGAUGAGGCAGGUGGUGAGAUUUAUUUACAUCACUGUCUGAGAGUGGAGGAAUUUGAUGCCGACAAGAACUAUGGACUUCAACUGCACAUGCGUGAUGGACUGGUGACUCUGUCCGCCAUGACCUCCAGAAUCAGGAGGAACUGGAUCGACAUCCUGAGUAGAAGAAUUUCCUUCAGGAAUUCAGCUGAAAGCGUCCAACACCCAGACAAUGGUGAUAUCAGUGAUAGAGAGAACUCAAAUGCACCAUCUCGAACCUCCUCAUCACCCCCACAUCAGCAUGACCCGGGGUAUGAUGUCACUCGUCAAUGUCACGUUGAACCAGAAAUGACGUCCACACCGUUAACUAAUCGAAGGGAGGCGGGUGAGGGCCGUGACAGAGAACACGAGAGACGCCUGGAGGACCGGACCAAGUGGUUACAGGAGGGAGUGUCAGACAAAGAGGGGGAGGACCCCUGGGAUAAGGUGGAGUUAAAGAAAGGUGCUGUAAGUUCAGUCGUUCUGACCCGGCCAGAGGUUCCUGAAGCUCCAAUAGGGCCGGACAUCGAGAGGAAGUGGGUGGACUUUGAGCAGCUACCAUUUGGAGAGCUGAGGUCGCUGUCGCGGGUUGGAUCCCAGAAUCCACAAGCGACCAAUGAGCUGCUUCAACGAGAGGUUCUGUCUCUGAGGCAGCAGAUCGAGACUCUUCGCCAGGGUCGUGUGUCGGCUGGUGUCCCGGGUCUCUGUGGUCCUGACGCGCCCUGCACUGUUAGACUGGAGCAGAUGGAGCGAGAGCACAGAGAGAGACUGCAGGAGAUACACAAUGAGCACGAGAGAGAACGCAGAGAGAUGGAGAGAGACAAACAGAGACUGCUGCAGGAGGAGGCACAGAGUACUGUUCAAGCUGUGGAGGCUCUGAGGAAAGCUCAUCGGGAGGAGAUGGAGAGACUAAAGGGACAUGGAGAAGAACAAACAGACCCCUCCAUCAGACAACAACUGAGCAAGUCUGUUUCUCUGCAGCGUGAGUUAGACAAUCAGUCCGAGCGUUACUCACAACAGUGUGUGGAGCUCAACCGCAUCCACACCAGCACUGAAGAGAGAGACGGAGCGAUCCAACAGAAGGAGAGAGAGAUGGAGCAGCUCCACAGGGAGAACCAGGAACUACAGGUGUGUCUGACCGAGGAGAUAAGUCUCAUGCGGUCCUUCAUCACAGGUCAAAGGUCAGGAGUUGUGCCCCUAGGUGGCUACCAAAUGAGCACUUCAGAAUUAGAGGUGUUUUUGCAAGUGAAGGAGGGCGAGGUGGAAUAUCUACACCAGGAAAUCAGCUGUCUAAAGAAAGAGGUUCAAAGUCUUACUAAGGAGAAUGAGGCGUUGAGCGAGCGCUAUAAGGAGGUGUAUGUGGAGCUAAAUGAACUAAAGGGCCGCAGUGAGCGAGAAAUCAGUUCUCUUAAAAAACACCUCAAUCUCACCAAUUCUGCUCUGGAGGAGGAGCAUCUCCUAGGCAACAGCACUGACCAAUGAGAACGUGAAAAGGAUUGCACUUGUGCACCAUGAAGAUGCAUUGGUUUUUGCCCCUCACUAGGGUCUUGUUUACGAAUUUGUUAGAAACAUCAAUGAUGC